UCUCUGGGCUGGUUCGUGGGGCUCCCGGGCACCUGCGCAGAAAGGUGCGUUAAGAUGGCGGUCGUUCCCUGGAGUCGACGGCUGCGGCGCGAUGGUGGUGUUUCUCUGAGAUUAAAUAUAUAAAACCUUUUAAUUCAGAAGUUCCGGGGAAUAAUAACUGAAACUACUCUGCAAUGUGUGUAUCUAAAAAGGAAAGUGAGGACAAACAAAAUGGAGAACGAGAGCGAUAUCUGCAAGCCAACAAUAGAGAAUUUAACAGUCUGUUUGGAUACCCGGAUAAUAGCAUCAAAACCGCAAAAUAUAGUGCCUUAACCUUCUUGCCUAUGAACCUGUUUGAACAGUUCCAGAGACUUGCAAAUGCAUAUUUCCUCUUUUUGCUUCUUCUACAGUUGAUUCCCCAGAUCUCCUCCUUGGCAUGGUACACGACUGUGGUCCCCCUGAUGGUGGUGCUCUCCAUAACAGCAGUGAAAGAUGCCAUCGAUGAUGUGAAAAGGCACCAAAAUGAUAAUCAAGUCAACAAUCGUUCUGUUCUGGUGCUGAUGAAUGGCAGGAUAGUGACAGACAAAUGGAUGAAUGUCCAAGUGGGAGAUAUAAUUAAACUAGAAAACAACCAGAUUGUCACGGCUGAUAUACUAUUACUCUCAAGCAGCGAGCCCUACAGUUUGACAUAUAUAGAAACUGCAGAACUGGAUGGUGAAACCAACUUGAAAGUGAAGCAGGCCAUCUCGGUUACCAGUGAGAUGGAAGAUAAUCUGAAGCUUCUGUCUGCUUUUGAUGGAGAAGUGAGGUGUGAGUCUCCCAAUAACAAGCUGGACAGAUUCACAGGAAUACUCAUGUAUAAGGGGAAAAACUACAUCCUGAAUCAUGACAGACUGAUCCUCCGAGGCUGUGUCAUCAGGAAUACGGACUGGUGCUAUGGCUUGGUGAUUUUUACUGGACCAGACACCAAAGUAAUGCAGAACAGUGGGAAGUCCACCUUUAAACGGACACACAUAGACCACCUCAUGAAUGUCCUUGUGCUCUGGAUUUUCCUGUUUUUAGGCAGCAUGUGUUUUCUCCUAGCAGUUGGUCAUUACAUUUGGGAAAACAACCAAGGUUACUACUUCCAGGAUUACCUGCCGUGGGAAGACUAUGUCUCUUCAUCAGCUUUCUCUGCCGCCCUCAUAUUCUGGUCCUACUUCAUUAUCCUCAACACCAUGGUGCCUAUUUCCCUCUACGUCAGUGUUGAGAUAAUAAGAUUGGGCAACAGUUUCUAUAUCAACUGGGAUCAGAAGAUGUUUUAUGAGCCGAAGAACACACCAGCACGGGCGCGUACCACCACCCUUAAUGAGGAGCUUGGCCAGGUCAAAUACGUGUUCUCUGACAAAACGGGGACCCUGACUCAGAACAUCAUGAUUUUCAACAAGUGUUCAAUUAACGGGACAUUCUAUGGUGAUGUCUGUGACAAAAGCGCGCCGUGGAGCAAAGUCUCGAAGAAAAGAGAAAAGGUCGACUUCUCCUACAACAAUCUGGCCGAUCCUGAGUUUUCAUUUUAUGACAAGACUUUGGCCGAAGCGGUGAAAAGGGGAGAUCACUGGGUACACUUGUUUUUCCUGUCACUCUCAUUGUGUCAUACCGUGAUAUCAGAAGAGAAAGUAGAAGGUGAGCUGGUUUACCAGGCUCAGUCCCCAGAUGAAGGUGCCCUGGUCACUGCUGCCAGGAACUUUGGCUUUGUGUUCCGUUCCCGCACGUCUGAGACAAUCGUGGUAGUUGAAAUGGGGAAAACGAGAAUCUACCAGCUGCUGGCUAUCUUGGACUUCAGCAAUGUGCGCAAGAGGAUGUCUGUUAUUGUGAGGACACCUGAAAACCGCAUACUGUUAUUCUGCAAGGGUGCAGACACGAUCCUCUGUCAGCUCCUCCAUCCAUCCUGUGGAUCCCUCAAAGACAUAACCAUGGACCAUUUAGAUGACUUUGCCAGUGAUGGCCUUCGCACCCUCAUGGUGGCCUACCGAGAGCUGGACAGUGCAUUCUUCCAGGACUGGAGCAAGAAGCACAGUGAAGCCUGCUUGUCUUUGGAGAAUCGGGAAAAUGAAAUAUCAAUUGUCUGUGAAGAGAUUGAGAGAGACCUGAUGCUGUUAGGGGCCACAGCCAUAGAAGACAAGCUGCAGGAUGGAGUACCUGAGACGAUCCUCACCCUGAACAAAGCCAAAAUUAAAAUUUGGGUUUUAACUGGAGAUAAACAAGAGACUGCUGUGAACAUUGCCUAUGCCUGCAACAUAUUCGAGGACGAGAUGGAUGAGAUAUUUAUCGUGAAAGGCAACAACGAUGAGACUGUUGGGGGAGAACUCAGGUCAGCACGGGAAAAGAUGAAACCCGACUCUCUACUGGAAUCAGACCCCGUAAACAGCUACCUCGCCACAAAGCCCCAGCCGCCCUUCAAAAUACCCGAGGAGGCGCCCAGUGGCAGCUAUGGCUUAAUCAUCACCGGCUGCAGUCUGGCCCACGCUCUAGAAGGAAACCUGGAGUUGGAACUGCUGCGGACGGCGUGCAUGUGCAAGGGGGUGAUCUGCUGCCGGAUGACGCCCCUCCAGAAGGCCCAGGUGGUAGAACUGGUGAAGAAGUACAAGAGGGCGGUGACACUGGCCAUCGGUGAUGGAGCCAAUGACGUCAGCAUGAUCAAAGUUGCCCACAUUGGAGUUGGCAUCAGUGGCCAGGAGGGGAUGCAGGCCAUGCUCAGCAGCGACUAUGCCUUAUCCCAGUUCCGCUAUCUUCAGCGUCUGCUCUUGGUUCAUGGCCGCUGGUCCUAUAACCGCAUGUGCAAGUUUCUAAGCUACUUCUUUUACAAAAACUUCACCUUCACCCUGGUGCACGUCUGGUAUGCCUUCUACAGCGGGUUUUCUGCACAGACAGUUUAUGAUACCUGGUUUAUCACUUUCUACAACCUGGUCUACACCUCCCUCCCUGUCCUGGGCUUGAGUCUGUUUGAUCAGGACGUGAAUGAAACAUGGAGCCUACGCUUCCCAGAGCUGUAUGAGCCAGGCCAGCACAACCUCUAUUUCAACAAGAAGGAAUUUGUGAAGUGUUUGCUACACGGGAUCUACAGUUCUUUUGUGCUCUACUUUAUCCCUAUGGGGACUGUUUUCAAUUCAGAGCGCAAGGAUGGGAAGGAGAUCUCCGACUACCAGUCCUUCUCCCUGCUAGUGCAGACCUCCUUGCUCUGUGUGGUCACAAUGCAGAUUACGCUGGAGACAACCUACUGGACGAUGAUAAGCCAUGUCUUCACCUGGGGCAGCCUGGGUUUCUACUUUUGCAUCUUAUUCUUCCUGUACAGUGAUGGCUUAUGCUUACUGUUCCCCGACGUCUUCCAGUUCCUAGGUGUGGCCAGGAACACUCUGAACCUGCCGCAGAUGUGGCUGUGUGUUGUCCUCAGCAUCAUCCUCUGCAUGCUGCCUGUGGUUGGGUACCAGUUUCUCAAACCGCUGUUCUGGCCCGUCAGCGUGGACCAGAUUAUUGACAGAAUUCAUCACUGCAUGAGGCAUCCGCUGCCAUACCCAUUCAGGACCAAACUGAAACACCCAGCCUCUCGACGCUCUGCCUACGCGUUUUCCCACAAACAGGGCUUUGGGGCCCUCAUCACUUCCGGCAAGACCAUGAAGGCCAGAUUUCCCAAGAGAAACAGCUUUCCUCAUAAAAGGUAGAGGUCUUUGGGGAAGCCCCAGAGGAGGCAGUCAUUGCUCUUCCUCUCUUGCAUUCACGAAACUUCAUAAGGAGAGACUAGAGCCCCUGGAAAUAGCAUAAAGUCGUGCUUCCACUCACUCCUGGGGCUCAGCCCCUCAUUCCCUCGAAGGCUGUGCCCAGGUAAGGCAGGGCAGAGUAGAGAAUGAGCCCGACAGCUGUCGGAGUUACAGCAUUUCAAGAAGAAGUCAUCUCAGGCCUCCCCCUGCCUUCCAAGUUCUAAUCUGGACAAGCACAUGUGGAGAUACUGAGUGAAGAGGGGCAAUGUGAGGAAGGGAAAAGAAGGAUCUAAUAAUCGUUCCCAUACCCAGAGCAACCAAAAUCUGCCAGGGCCCCGCACAAGCAUAUUCACCCAGGCACCUUCACCAGCUUUAUCUGAGGGAUUCAGGUAAAUCUUUUGCUGGGCUGGGUACCAAAAGGAGGAGACAGCUGGGAACAGUUGGUCAUAAGAAGCCAAAGGAGAGUUUCUGAACCAAAAAAAGAAUAGAAAUUGUUCCUGCCUUGGUAGGACAGCUCAAGAUUUUGCUGCCUUCUCUUCUCUUUGACCCAAGAACUGACACCUUUUCAGGCCUCAGAACUGGGACAGGGAAAAUGCAGGGGAUUUUAAAAAUCUUUUCUUGAGGGACAUAAGCCAUAACUGGUGAACAUUUGUCUUCAUUCCAUAAAAUUAUUUUGAGAAGAAAUUGUAUGUACUUGAGAAACUGUUUCUAAUAAGUUUAUAGAUAAGUAAUAAACUGCUUAUUUUGGAGUGGA